GCAGGCACAACGGGAGUGGUGCCUGAGGCUCGAGUUGGGACUUGCUUGACCUGUAGCUCCAAGCAUUAUCUUAUCGGAGACCUGGAAAUUUUGUCGGCGGUGGGGGGUUCCCGCGCGCCGCGCUAGGCCGCCCGCAGUGCCGAAUUCUGGAACCUCCAACAGGACUUUGCGAUGGAGUCAUCCCGGACAGAAGAAUCCUCUGACAGCAAAAGCACAAAAGCAGCACCCGCCCCAGCCAACACAGGGCUGUAGGUGAUGUCGGUUGGUCGCAGACCAUCUGCACAAUGCCGCUGAUCGACGACGGCUUCGAGGCUCUGCUCGAGCCCUUCUACAACGGCAAGAAGCUUACCGAUCCCAUCUCCACCGUCGAGGACAAGAAUCAGCUGCUCCCUGCCUUUCUGAAGGUCAAAGGUCUGGUCAAGCAGCACAUCGACUCUUACAACUUCUUCGUCGACCACGAGAUCAAGGAGAUCGUCAAGGCCAACAGGACCGUGCGGAGCGAUGUCGACAGCAGUUUCUGGAUCGAGUUUACCGACAUUCGCGUUGCCAAGCCCGACCGCAAUGACUACCAGCAGUUCCGUGUCGCCAACGAGGUGACGCCCAUGGAGUGUCGCCUGCGCGACAUGACCUAUGGAGCCAAAAUCCUCGUGGACGUGGCGUAUACCAGAGAGCGGCAGAAGAUUGUGCGCCGCAAUGUCGAGCUCGCUCGCAUGCCCGUCAUGCUGCGAAGCAACAAGUGCAGGCUGUACGGCGCCAAUAACGCGCAAAUGGAGCUCAUGAAUGAGUGCCCGCUCGACCCCGGCGGCUACUUCAUUGUCAACGGCACCGAGAAGGUCAUCUUGGUGCAGGAGCAGUUGAGCAAGAACCGUGUCAUUGUCGAGGCCGACGAGAAGAACAACAUCAUUUCCGCCUCCGUGACGAGUUCGACGCACGAGCGUAAAUCCAAGACCUACGUCACGUUGAAGAAGGACCGCAUAUCACUGCUGCACAACGUCCUGAUCGAGGCGAUCCCCAUUACCAUUGUCCUCAAGGCACUUGGAGGACUCUCUGAUUAUGAAAUUAUGACUUUGGUCGCCGGGUCGGAUGGUCGUCUGCAGGAUGACUUUGUGGUCAACUUCGACGAGGCUGUUAAGGCUGGAGUCUACACGCAACAGCAGGCCCUCGAGUUUAUUGGAUCUCGGGUCAAGAUGGGUGGCAAGAACACAAAGCCUGGUGGUAUCCCUCAGCCUCGGCGCAGCAACGUGGAGGAAGGCCUCGAUGCACUGUCCAAUAUCAUCAUCGCCCACAUCCCAGUAGAAGGGCUUGACUUCCACCCCAAGGCUAUCUAUGUCGCCCUCAUGGUCCGCCGUGUACUGAUGGCCCACUACAACCCAAAGCUCGUCGAUGAUCGAGAUUUCGUGGGAAACAAACGUUUGGAAUUAGCAGGACAGCUGCUUUCCCUUCUUUUCGAAGAUCUGUUCAAGAAGUUCUUGGUGGAUCUCAAGUUCGCCAUUGAGAACAGUUUGAAGAAGCAGAAUCGUGCAAUCGCAGUUGAUCCCUUGAUGCAGGUCGGAGCACAAGGCAAGCACAUCACGGAUGGCAUGAAUCGUGCGAUCCAGACAGGAAACUGGAGUGUCAAGCGUUUCAAGAUGGAGAGAGCAGGUGUGACACACGUCCUGAGUCGGCUCAGUUACAUCAGCGCCCUCGGUAUGAUGACGCGCAUCAGCAGUCAGUUCGAAAAGACCAGAAAGGUCUCUGGUCCUCGCGCCUUGCAGCCUUCGCAAUGGGGUAUGCUGUGUACGUCUGAUACCCCGGAAGGAGAAGCCUGUGGUCUUGUGAAGAACUUGGCCCUUAUGACACACAUCACGACCAAUUAUGAGGAGGAGCCGGUGAAGAGAUGGGUCUUCACGCUCGACUCUGGCGUUGAGCCUCUGCGUGGCUUCUCGGGUACCGAGAUGCAUCGACCAGACACCUAUAUCAUCCACAUGAACGGAACACCGUUCGCGCUCACCCGAUUCCCCAAGCGAUUUGCAGCCAAGUUCAGGACGAUGCGUCGCCGCGGCUGGAUCUCGCCAUUUGUCAGUAUCAACGUCAACACGCAGCAGUCAGCGAUCCACAUCGCUACAGAUGAAGGUCGUAUCUGUCGGCCAUACAUCAUUGUCAAGAACAGCAAGGCCAAGAUCAAGGAGUCGCAUCUGAGGUUACUACAGGCUGGGAAAGCAACAUUUGACGAUUUCCUUAAGCAGGGAAUCGUUGAGUACCUCGACGUCAACGAAGAAAACGACGCACUUGUGGCUCUCUACGAAAAAGACAUCACCAAGGCGACAACUCACGUUGAAAUUGAGCCAUUCACCAUUCUCGGCGCGGUAGCCGGCCUCAUUCCAUUCCCACACCACAACCAGUCACCUCGAAACACCUACCAAUGUGCUAUGGGUAAACAAGCUAUCGGCGCCAUUGCCUACAAUCAGUUCAACCGUAUCGACACGCUGCUCUACACGCUCGUAUAUCCGCAGCGCCCAAUGGUUAUCACCAAGACCAUUGAGUUGAUCCGAUAUGACAGGCUACCAGCUGGGCAAAACGCUACGGUCGUUGUCAUGUCGUACUCAGGAUAUGAUAUUGAAGAUGCUUUGGUUCUGAACAAAGCUUCUUGUGAUCGUGGCUUCGGCCGCUGUCAAGUCUUCCGCAAAUACGCGACUGACCUGCAGAAGUAUCCUAACGGUAGCCGUGAGCGGAUUGGCGACAAGGACCCGAACAAUCCGAAGAACAUCGCACUCUCCCAGGACGGUCUCGCCGAUGUUGGCUUCCGAGUUAAUAGCGGAGAUGUCAUCAUCAAGAAGGAAAGCCCUGUCGACGUUAGCCCUGGCAUUGGCCUGCAGCCUAGAAGCGACGAGUUCCGUGAAUCGCCGCUCAGCUACCGUCUUCAUGAUCCUGCUUACAUCGACAAGGUCAUGAUUACGCAGACAGCCAACGAGACACAGCUUAUCAAGGUCCAAACACGGCAGACUCGUCGUCCUGAGCUUGGAGACAAGUUCUCCUCGCGUCACGGACAGAAGGGUGUUGUCGGUAUCAUUGUCGACCAGGAGGAUCUCCCAUUUUCGGACGCUGGACUCGUCCCCGAUAUCAUCAUGAACCCUCACGGUUUCCCGUCUCGAAUGACGGUUGGAAAACUGCUAGAGUGUCUUACGGGCAAGGCCUCGAUUGUCCAGGGCCGUCCCGAGUACGGUUUCGGUGAUGCAUUCCGCUCGCACCCCCUUGAGAGCAUGGCAGCCGAGCUCGUCGACCGUGGCUUCUCCUGGGAAGGCAAGGACUACUUCACGUCCGGCAUCACCGGCGAGCCCCUGCAGGCUUACAUCUUCAACGGCCCAAUCUUCUACCAGCGCCUCAAGCACAUGGUGCAGGACAAGAUGCACUCGCGCUCGCGCGGACCGCGCGCCAUCCUGACCCGCCAGCCCACGGAAGGUCGCUCGCGCGACGGCGGCCUGCGUCUCGGAGAGAUGGAGCGCGACUGUCUGAUCGCCUACGGCGCCUCGCAGCUGCUCCUCGAGCGCCUCAUGGUCAGCUCCGACGCGUGUGAUAUUGACAUUUGCCAGCGCUGCGGCCUGUUCGGGUACAAGGGGUACUGCGGUACGUGCCGGAGCACGCGCGAGGUCGCCAAGAUGACCAUGCCAUAUGCUGCCAAGCUGCUCAUCCAGGAGCUCAUCAGCAUGAAUGUUGGUGUCAGAUUGCAGCUCGAGGAUGAGUUCCCUCAUCCUCGUUAGAUUAUAAAUUGGGCAGUUGUCGAUGCGUGGGGAAAGAGGGGGAAAGGGCAUCAGUGUAGACAUGAGGAUGAAAUAUUUAAAAACGCAUUUGGGCGGCGUAUACUGGUCUGUUUUUGGGUCAUUCUUUCAUUUCCGUCCUAGUGUAGAUGAAUCAAGACUUUGCAUAACAACGGCACGAGCAUUUUGGCCAGCUU